AUGUGCGAAUCACAAGAGACGCCCGGUUUUGCGUAUAUGGACGAGGAUUCAAUCAAUGCCGAACUCAAGUGCAGCAUUUGCUUUGAUCCUUUCACAAAUCCUGUGACAACGUCAUGUUGUAAUAAUGUAUUUUGUCUAUCAUGUAUCGAAAAAGUGCUAAAGAAGAAGCCUGUUUGUCCGUUAUGCUGUCAUGAGCCUUUGUCACGUAUCCACAUCAAGCUGCCUGAUCUCAUCAUAUUUAGUUCUCUUUAUCAACUUUUGGUGAAAUGUGAAUCUUGUGGUGAAUCAAAUAUCCAACGAGGCUUUUUCAACGAGCACAUAAAUGUAUCAUGUCCGAAAAUAAAGGUAACAUGCUCAGGUGUAGAUCUCAAAUGUGAAUGGGUGGGGCCACGUGAUCAACUGGCUAGUCAUAUCACAAGUUGUAAUUUCGAAUAUAUGAGACCUAUUUUUGGCCAAUUCAUAUCAACAACUAAAGAACUCAAGUUUCAAGUCAACUGUCUCAGAGAUCACUGUCGCGAACUUGAAAUCGAUAAUAAACGAUGCAAUUCGAAAUUAAAUGCUCUUGAAAUACGGUGCCAACAACUUGAAUUGAUGCCGAAUUUAGGUAAAGGACAGAAAAGAGCCAGAGAUGACGAAAUACCUGUGACCAAAUCAAAGCUGAUGUCUGCAACAAGAAUAUCAUCGACAUCGUCGAACUGUAUUGAUGCAAUUACUGAAGAAAACGUUCGAAAUCUCCUCACAGGCAAACUAAUGACAUCCAAAGAAUUGAUUCAAGAGUAUUUACCCAAAAACGAAGAAGAAAGAACAAGAGAAGUCAAAGAAGCUGUGGUUCAAAAGCUAGCGAUCAUUCUCAAAAGAUUAAAUAUUCACGAGAAAAUAAUCAAUGGGAAAAAACACAUUGCGUUGAGAAUUAUGUAA